AUGAUUUGUGAUGAAGAGAUGAUGAGACUUGUAACCUAUCAUUAUGUGGAGCGGGAUCAACCGCACAAACGCGUCCCCACCGGAAAGCAACAAGAGGAAAUGAUUCCUUUAAGUGUCUUCCGCGAGUCAGACCUGAAGGGGAUCGCCGUUUGGUUCAUCUGCAUCCUUCUUUCAGUUUCACUCUUACUCAACAUGUUUACUACUCACCUCACAAGGAAUAACCAGGUGUCAUUAAAUAAUUAUGACGUUAUCCACGAUAUGGAAAUGUCGAACCCUGUCCUCUUCCGCGAGAGCGGCUCCGAGAAACCCGCGCCUGAAUGCGAUGGUCGACGAACCGUGAAAAACACGAGCUUUGUCAAUAAUUUGUUAUUUAAUCUGUGUCUGACUCAAAUACCGUUUGUCAACUUGUCGAUUCCAAAGUUCCCUGAUCUAGGGAAACCGGCAAACUCGGAGGUCGCCCGAGAACCAGAAACAAAGAUCGACGAGAUCAAUCAAGGCACAUCAUUGGACAAACCCAAAUUAGGCGAAGAUCAAGAACAAUCAACCGAAAAUCCGGAAUUAGAAAAAAUGAUAGAAAAGAUCGGCGAGUUACCAGUUUUAUUGGAAGAAAUCAAAACCACCGAACAAAUUACGACGAGCGACAGUACGUCACUUUCAGACUCAGAAUGUACAGAUGAAAUGUGGGGAAAACAAAAACUGCUAAAUGAUGAUCCGCAAAUCGCUGCUGCGCCAGAAAUAAAUGCUAAAAUUAAAGAAAUUCCCGAGAUGUCUAUUACUCCAUUUGUUGAAAUCAAUGAAAAUUCAAAGGCUGUUCUUCCUGAGGUCUCAUUGCUAGUAAAAGAUGAAACGAUCGAAGAGAUUUCAAGAGUUGUUACCUCGGCACGAGGGGUCAAAAUAAAGGAGAUUCCCGAAAUAAGUGUUACACAAGUACAGGGAGUUGGAACUAAGGAAAUUCCACUUGAAAAAGUUAAUGAUAUAGAGUUAGGAGACGGUAACACACAAACAAUCGUAAGUGCCGGAGCGGAAUUUGAGAGAGUAGAACUAAUGACAAAUCCAGAAGAGAUUAAAGAAACUUCGGAAUGGCAAUAUACCGUGCAAGUUCGAGAGGUUGAGAAGAGCGAUGACGCAACAAUCUCCUUGAACCUGGAUUUCGAUGGAUCCAGCGAAUCAGAAUCGGCAUCGAUAUCAACUUUGGAAGAUCAUGUUGAAGUGUUCAAAUCUCAUAGGCCCGUGUAUGAGCCUUUUGUCGAAGUUCAUGUUGCACCGCCGAGUGAACUUUUUCUCAACGACGUGAUCACUCAACUCGAUCAAGAGAUUAAGAUAAUCGCAGAGCACGAAAAAAGAGCGAAAUCUCUAAUCGAAGAGAAAGAGAAAAAAGAAGAACGAGAUCAAGAAUACGAGGUGACCAAACAAAUUCAGUACAGAUUGAUGAAACAAAUACACAUAAUCGACUAUCAAAAAAGACAAUAUGAAAUUCAGGAAAAAGAAAACAUCCUCUCUCCCGAAACCAGCUCGGUCUCGGUUCCUGCGUUCACAAUAGAGUCAGUGGAUUUCCAAAAAUUCGCUGUCUACGUUAUCAUGGUGCAACGAAGGGACAAGGACGGCAGGCUAAAGUCUGGAUGGUUACUGUCGCGUCGAUAUAAUGAAUUCUUUGCACUCUACCAACACUUGAGGAAGAGGCAACUGUGCGGGUUUAACUUCCCCGGAAAAACUUUGUUCCCAAACUUGAAUAAUGAUUUCUUGGAAUUUCGAAGGGGAAGGUUUAAUGAACUCAUGCAGGUUUUGAUUUCAAACCCCAAAGUUUGCGACGACAAUGAAUUCCGGAAAUUCCUUCAAAAAUAA